AUGUUUCUUGAUUCUACUCAAAAUGACAUGAACUGGCAUGGAUAUUGUAUAUUGCCGCGUGCCACUAUCUUUGGUCUCCUAGCCAAUUUUCUCGGCGGCCAUGAUUAUUCUCGAGAAGAACAAGAAGGAAAUCUCCAAAUACCUCUUUCAAGGGGGAUUAAGGGAGUGUGUUAUGCUAAGAAGGACUAUAGCUUGCCAAAGCAUCCUGAAAUCGAUGUGCCAAAUUUGCAGGUGAUUAAGCUCAUGCAGAGCUUCAAAUCCAAGGAAGACGUGCACGAGACCUUUAUUGUUCCUGCAACUCUCAGGAAGUACGCCAAGCCCCUUGGACGGCCCAUGGGUCGCUCAGGUUUUCAUUUUCUCCCCAACCGUGUGUGUCGUGUCCUAGAAGCCUUGCUUGUUUCUCCACCACUCAACGUAUAUGUACAUACCACUCUAAUCCUCCCAAUCAUCCCCCAUCCAUCUUUCUUGGAAGGCCUCAAAGUGGGCCCGUCGAAGGAAACACUUAUAAUAUGGUGCCCAACAGUCAUCAUCGUCCUAGUCAUGGUCCCAACCUUCUACGACAUCAUCAACAUUCACAACAGGAACAUAUUCCAGCAGGCCCAUUUCCAGUUCCUAAUAUGGAAUCCCUUUUUGCUAGUUACUCGUCUUCCUCAGUUUGCAGCAAGCCCAUAUCCCGCCAAAAAUCAGUACCAAGAGGAAGAAUUCAUACACAACAUAGAUUGGUGUCAGUUGCUUGGAGUAGAAAAACAGAUGCUAGAUAAGGUUGUCUGA